CGUUGGGAAGUGGCACCCGCUGGAAGUGCAGCCGCGAUGAAUUUCCUCUAUGAGAUCAGUGUGCUGCUUCUGCUGUGCGCUGUGGGAGGCCUGGCGAUCCGGUGUUUCGAGUGUAACUCUUGGUACGACCGCUGGUGCGCAGAUCCGUUUAAGCGGAAGGAAGUGGGCUCGGUCGACUGCGAAGACAAAAUCACAGGCGCGCACCUCGACGGUCUGAACAGCACCAUCUGCCGCAAGAUUGUCCACCAUGUGGGCAAUCACCACCGGAUCGUACGCUCCUGUGGCUGGGUUGACGAUCGGGAGGUCAUGGCUGGCAGGGACUGCAUGAAGAAGGCCGGCACGUACCAGGUGGCGGUCUACUACUGCUCCUGCUACGAAGAUCUCUGCAACUCAGCCAGCGACCACAAGAUGUCACUGCUGCUGCUGCUCAGCGCCGGCGCCAGCUGGCUGCACUAUCUCCGAGCGUAAUACAACGGCGCUGCCUAUACCCAAUAGACAAUUGUGGUGUGCUGCGUGGGGGAGCGAAGCCGAUGGUACCUUGUAGGGACACUCAGAGAGUGUAGGGCAGCGGCUUGAUGGCAAGUCAGUGCCGCAGAAACACACUGCCUGGAGCGACCUGGCAUCGAACCAAUGCACGAGCGCCUGCUUGGAUGAAGAGUUCCGUGGAGAUUCUGGAGAGGUGACGGUUCUGUGAGCUGCAGCCAAACUCGGCGAGAAUGUGAUCCCGAGCCCCUCGCACGCAUUGUUUAAGUCUUUUCUUGCUUCGAAGUGCCCCCACCCCCGCCGCGGCCGCCAUGUUCGGUUUCUCAGCCUGGUCUGCGCCGCGAUAACAGUGUCACGCACUCCCCGGGUUUGUCAGCGCCGGCCAGGGUGUGUGGUACGUGUUGUUGGAUUUCAACGCGGGUCAAAAGCUUAAGAGAGAAGGCACAUCGAGGAGUUGGGACGUGCCGUUUGGCAUGCAACGCCGGCGAGGGCGAUACCGGAUUCCGCUGAGUUUAGAUCACACGUCCGUCCCCCCGCACGCCUAGCACUGCCGACCCUGGCUAGCUGGCUUCCAACUGCCGGGACCAUGUGGUGGGCCCCACACGGCUGGUGUCCGCUCGACGCUCGGCCAGCUCGCUGCCGGCGGGGCCGCUGAGUGAGCAGUGCGCAUCGCUGGGCAUUCCGCCUUUGAGGCGCAGCUGGGCACUCGCGCGCAUCGCUGGGCAUUCUGCCUUUGAGGCGCAGCUGGGCACUCGCGCGCAUCGCUGGGCAUUCCGUCUCAAACUGCCUCAGCGGAGAGCCUCAGGUUCUCGCCGUUCAAAGGUCACACAAGUUAGCGCGCCCGUGGGGAUUUGAGGAAGAGCUCGGUUGAAAGUCGUCAGACGUGGGGAGCGUCGUGGGCAAGGCUAGACCAACACAAACAUGACAAGGGUUACAUAAGUCGCGAUACUCAUAGAGGCUAAGUAUCAGCGUGCCGACCAAGUACAGUGGGCAGGAUUUAGGGCUGGGUUUAAUCGCCUAGCUUAUGCUAGAUCCUCAGAUACGCGUAUGCUUUAGCUGAUCUCAUUCCUGGCGAUGUCUGAAGUGUCUAAGUGAGGUUUGUUGCGGUCAUAGCUGUAGGCGUCGACGCUGACUUAAAUGCUGGUUCCCAGCGCCAACACCGCAGGACCAAACGCCGAUUGUCCCAGGCGCCGCCACCCGCCAGCUAUGGCCCUUGUUAUCUUUUGAGCUGCCUUGUAUUUGUCAUCCGUUGCGUCGGAGCGACCCUGCAUUACUGGCAUGUAUUGUGGCGUGCAUGAUAACUGGGUCGGACGAAUGGCAGGAGUAGCUCAACCCGUCAUGUGGCGAGCAGUUCCGUUAGAUCGACGGUGGCCGCCGGCGGAAGCAAGGCUCCACCGCCGCCCGGCGGCCUCCGGAGCGGCCGGGCGGGGAAGCAAGG